AAGCGUAAUCCGGUCGCGGAGAAAUGCGAGCAGCCUUAUCUGAGAAGAGAAGCGCGCCUGGAGACAGCGGAUCCAACGAGGAGAGGGCGCGCCUUCGGGCAAUGGCUACUUGCACAAUAUCCUCCCGCAGGGCCUGAAGGGAGGAAGGGAUUGCCCACGAGCCAGAGAGCCGAGCAGAGCACAGCAAAGCAGAGCUUCGCAGCCAUGGCAGCUCUGGCCUCCAUAUCGUCGUCCCUCGCCACGCUUUCGUUGAAUUCCGCGGCCGUGAAUGUGUCCGCUUCGACUUCGGCUCCCGCGCUGAUUCCCGCUUUCAGUGGCCUGCGAACGGGGUCGCUGCCGCUCUCAGCUGCCAAAUCUUCGUCGGAUUUCCACUCCGUCGUGUCGGUGACUCUUGCUCGAUCUUCGUCUUCGAAUGGAGGCGCUUCUCGAGGAGUGGUGACCAUGGGGCCGUUGGAAGCCGGAGUCGGGCUGAUGGGGACGAAAAUGGGAAUGAUGACUUACUUCACUCCCGAGGGAAAUGCCAUUCCCGUCACUGUCAUUGGAUUUCACGAGGGAAACAUUGUCACUCAAGUUAAAACCGACGCCACAGACGGAUACAGUGCUGUCCAGGUUGGUUACAGGAGAGUGAGAGACAGGAAGCUCACUAAGCCGGAGAUGGGGCAUUUGAAGAAGGUAGACGUAAUUCCCAUGAGGCACUUGCAGGAGUUCAGGUUGACGAGUGUGGAUGGUUUCGAACCCGCCCAAAGAUUGAAGUUGGACGAACUCUUUAAGGAAGGAGAUCUUAUUGACGUUGCUGGUGACAGCAUUGGAAAGGGUUUUGCGGGUGGUAUCAAGAGGUGGCAUUUUGCCCGGGGACAGAGGACUCACGGAUCAAAAAGUUACAGGCAACUUGGAUCCAUUGGUGCUGGUACCACCCCUGGACGUGUAUAUCCUGGUAAGAAGAUGCCCGGUCGCUUGGGUGGAGGCCGAGCUAAAAUCAGAAAACUCGAGAUUAUUAAGGUAGAUGAUGAGAUGCAUGCAAUGUUGAUCAAGGGAUCAGUUCCAGGCAAACCUGGCAAUUUGUUGCGAAUCACUCCAGCCAAGUUAGUCGGGAUCAAUCUUCCCAAGUAGACAUAAUCAAUUUUUCUCAUAAAUGAAUUAAAUUUCCCCUCCACUGUUUC